AUGGCUGGUCUCCCCCCUCAGAUCAACACCACUGACACCGGUACCCCCGCCCGCGAAUGGGCCCAGUCGACGACGACCGCCGCCUUCGCCCACACCGAUCCCGUCCCCGCAGCACAGAACCCCGCGACGGCCUCGAACGCGACACAGACGCAGGAACAGAUCAAGCAGCCCCAGGUCGGUGACCUCUCCAUCUCCGCCGCCGCGAACGCUCAGAAGGGCCCCUUCGACGCAAAGCUCGUCCCCGGAGCGUACCCCGACACCCCUGGCACCGAGAAGCCGCCCAUAGUUGCCAGCACCACCGCGCCCGGGUCAAUGGGCACGACGGGUACGUCUGCGUCGGGCUUCAUGCAGUCUGCGGCGGCUGCGGCGGCAGGAUAUCUCCCCAGAGGUGUCGUCGACACCGUGACGUCAUAUAUGCCUACCACCGGCGCGACGGCAACGAUGUCCACCGCCCGCGCAUCCGAACACGAUAUCGAGCACAAGACAUCUUUCCCCACCUCCGAGAUGUCUGGCGCUGGCCCGCACGAUCACAUCGCUGGGGUUGGUGCACUCCCGGGCCCGCGCAACGAGGCGGGCGUCGCCAAGCUCCCUGACGAACGCGACGAGACCGAGCUCUACAUGACUGCCGGCGCCGCGGCAGCCGCUCUUGCAGGAGGCGCAUAUGCACUCAAGGAGGCUGUCAUGGGUGGCACCGAGCAAGCGAAGCAAACGGUUCAGGAGAACGGUGCGUCUUUCUAUCUGACCGUAGGCUGUACGCGUGAACUCGUUCCUCCAUGCAAUCGACCAUCACUUUCCCCAUGUCCUUUCAACCCUCCUAUUCGCCUCAUGCCUGGUAAAGCUCACUCAACCGCGGUCACCGCAUCAAGCCUCCCCACUCACGAGCCAUUCGGCUCUCACCCCGGUGACCAUUCCUUAGGCGUUGGUGCGCUCCCCGGCAACCAGUCGGAGCCCCACGUCGCGCGCCUCCCCGAAGAGUCUAUCCACCCGGCCUACGACUCCGGCGACAUAGACUCCGGCGCGCGUGUCGCGAUGAAGCCCAGCGAGGAGAACGGCGGGAACGAGAACGAGACUGGCGAGGCGGCGCGCUUUGGCGGAGUCGGCAGCCUUGUCGGCGGCGCGAAUGAGGAAGGUGUUGCGAUGCUCCCCGACGAGCGCCUGCAGCAGACGGGCUCGAUCCCAGGAACGAGCAUGGGCAAGAUUGCAGGCGCGACGGCUGGCGCGGGCCUUACUGUCGCUGGUGCGUCGGCUUUGAAGGAACAGCACGACGCGAAGGCGGCGGAGAAGAGCGUGAAGCCGCCUGCCCCCACGGAGACGCAGGACAAGCCGUCGCCGAUGGUCACUGAAGAGAAGACCACGGCGAGUGCUGCCGGAGUUACUGCCGCGACCGCCAAGGGCGCGCACUCUUCAAGGCAGGCGUCUGCCGCCGACGCGCGGGACACGCAACCCGACACCUCGAAAGACGCUACCGCAGACCACAAGAGCCAGCCUAUCCAGCCUGAGCGCACCGUAGUUGGAUGGGACGAGGCGCAUACAGACCUGUCGCAUCCCACCACGCGCGUGCGGGUGCAUGCGAUCGGGGACGCUCGCGUCGUGUGGGGCGACGAACCUCUGGAUGGCGACGCUGCUCGUUCAGACACCGAGUACGACGUUGAUGACGACGAGCAUGAGCGUCGCAAGGGCGGCGGCUAUGACACUGGCUACCACCCAGCCGCGCUGCAUCCGCGUGACGAAAAGUAUGCGCCCUCCUCAGACGAGACGCCCGAUCCGACGUCUUCGGAACCGGGCGAACGUCAGCGAACACAGUCGCUGGGGAAAGACAGCAAAGACAAGGGCGCGAAGGAAAAGAAGGCGUCGUUCAUGGAGAAGAUGAAGGGCGAGGCGAAGGCGCUCAUUGGCAAGAUCGAGGGCCGGCACGACAAGGUCGAGGCCGGGCAGAAGAUGAAGACCGGCGAAGGCAAGAUCAACCCGAGCGCGACCCAGCAGCAGCCACAGGAAGCGGUGACCCAGCCAGGCGCGUGA